GGAGGGGGCGGGGGCCUCUCCAAGUUUGUCGGGACCUUCUUCCGAGGCAGCGGCGGCUGCAGCCGGGGAGGCCGGGGCUGCGCGCGGGCCGGGGCCGGGGCGGAGGGCUGGGGCCGGGCCCGGGACUGCGGGACCGGCGCCUCCUCUCUGCCACUGCUCGUGCUUCAGUUUCGGCUCGCGCCGCGGCCGUGGCCCCCCCGGACGCGGCUCCGGGCGCUGCGCACCCGCGGAGCCCGCCGCGACCCGGCCCAUGUACUGGAAGCAUGAGAACGCGGCCCCGGCGCUGCCCGAGGGCUGCCGGCUGCCGGCCGAGGGCGGCUCCGCCACCGACCAGGUGAUGGCCCAGCCUGGGUCCGGCUGCAAAGCGACCACCCGCUGCCUUGAAGGGACCGCGCCGCCGGCCAUGGCGCAGUCGGACGCCGAGGCCCUGGCGGGGGCUCUGGACAAGGACGAAGGCCGGGCGUCUCCCUGUACGCCCAGCACGCCGUCGGUCUGCUCACCGCCCUCUGCCGCCUCCUCCGUGCCCUCGGCCGGCAAGAACAUCUGCUCCAGCUGCGGCCUCGAGAUCCUGGACCGGUAUCUGCUCAAGGUCAACAACCUCAUCUGGCACGUGCGCUGCCUCGAGUGCUCUGUGUGUCGCACGUCGCUGAGACAGCAGAACAGCUGCUACAUCAAGAACAAGGAAAUCUUCUGCAAGAUGGAUUAUUUCAGCCGGUUCGGGACCAAGUGCGCGCGGUGCGGGCGGCAGAUCUACGCCAGCGACUGGGUGCGGAGGGCGCGCGGCAACGCCUACCACCUAGCCUGCUUCGCCUGCUUCUCCUGCAAGCGGCAGCUCUCCACCGGCGAGGAGUUCGGCUUGGUGGAGGAGAAGGUGCUGUGCCGCAUCCACUACGACACCAUGAUCGAGAACCUCAAGAGGGCCGCGGAGAACGGGAACGGUCUCACGCUGGAGGGGGCAGUGCCCUCGGAGCAGGACAGUCAGCCCAAGCCGGCCAAGCGCGCACGGACGUCGUUCACCGCGGAGCAGUUGCAGGUUAUGCAGGCGCAGUUCGCGCAGGAUAACAACCCCGACGCGCAGACGUUGCAGAAGCUGGCCGACAUGACGGGCCUCAGCCGGAGGGUCAUCCAGGUGUGGUUUCAAAAUUGCCGGGCGCGUCAUAAAAAGCACACGCCGCAGCACCCCGUGCCGCCCUCCGGGGCGCCGCCGUCCCGCCUCCCCUCCGCCCUGUCCGACGACAUCCACUACUCACCGUUCAGCAGCCCCGAGCGCGCGCGCAUGGUCACCCUGCACGGCUACAUCGAGAGUCAGGUCCAGUGCGGGCAGGUGCACUGCCGGCUGCCUUACACCGCGCCCCCGGUCCACCUCAAGGCCGACAUGGACGGGCCGCUCUCCAGCCGGGCCGAGAAGGUCAUCCUUUUCCAGUACUAAGGCUGCCGUUGGCACUCCUGCAUCUGUCCACGGGCACUCGACAGCUGCCCCUCAGCCACUGAAACCAGGGCCGCAGCCAGGGACCCACCCGCUCCACCUCCACUACGGUUGGCUGGGCUCCCUCCCCC